AAAAGGACAGGACAGUAAUUUUAUCCAAGUAAUAUUCCCUUCAUUCUUUAGGCCUUUAAAUACCCAAAGAAUUCCCUUUUAUGUCACUUCUGUUUACAUUUUAUUCUUAGUAUUUUUACCCUUGAGUUGAGUUUUUUUAUCUUUUUCACUCCGCCAUGGAUGAUGACUCUAGCUCGUCAAAUCAGUCUUGUGAAAGAAAUGAAACAGUAAGAUCAAGGUGGAACCCAAAACCGGAACAAAUAGUAAUACUUGAAUCCAUCUUUAAUAGUGGGAUGGUAAAUCCUCAAAAAGACGAGACAGUUAGAAUCAGGAAAAUGCUGGAGCAAUUUGGAGCCGUUGGAGAUGCAAACGUAUUCUAUUGGUUCCAAAAUCGGCGGUCGAGGUCUCGCCGUCGUCAACGACAAAUUCAAGCGAGCCUUAGUGCUGCCAGUAACAGUAUUGAAGAACAAUCUGCAAGGUCUAGUAGUGGCGGUGCAAUUCAGUUUCGGACUAAUUUUGUCCCCUCAUCUGUUUCUUCUUCUUCGCUUGGAGGAGUUGUGGGAAAUGCAAAUGAUGGCCUCUUCCCCUUUUCUGGUCCAAUGGAAAUUGAUCAAAACUCUUCUAUCACCUCAAUUUUGUGCUCACCAACAGACAAUUCUAACUUGAAUUGCUCUUCCUCAGGGUUUAUCACAGUUUUUAUUAAUGGAGUAGCAGCACAGGUGCCCAGAGGGCCACUUGACAUGAAGGCUAUGUUCGGCCCCGAAGACUUAGUCUUGUAUCACUCCUCUGGGGUGCCACUUCCAGUUAAUGAAUAUGGUUUUGUUGUUCAGAGUUUGCAGCAUGGUGAAAGCUAUUUCCUGGUAAGCUCUCAUCAACUUCCACAGGUAGCGGGUGGGACGGUGUCAAAUACGACAUGAAUUACUGCAGGUGCGUGCCCAAGCUGGCCUAGAGACCUUUCUUAUAAAAAAAAAACAAAUGUAUAGGUUGAUGUCAGUGGUUGAUUGAUUUCUCAUAUUCUCUUUAAUGCUUGUCCAUGUAUUUUACUAUACACAUGUUAGUGCAUUAUAUAUUACUGUAACGACUCUUGUUAAGUCGCGGUCAAUUAUAACACUUAUUGGACA